AUGCUUUGGGAAAAGCCAGGUGGCGGUGAACCGGCCCAGAUUACCUGGGACCUCAAGGAGCCAUUGACGGUCAAAUGGUCCCACGUCUCUGGAGAGGAGAACAAGGCCUUUUGCAUCUACCUCAUCAACCGCGUUGACUAUCCUCCAGUGACCGAGCUGGUCCUGCGCUACGCCGUCAUGGGCCGAGAUGAGGUUACUAUUCCUCCACCCGGCCCGAUGGAUGUCCCUCUUAAUUGCAACUACCGCCUUUGGGCUAGUGCUUGUGGAGACCCUGAGACUAUCUAUGCUGAGACGGAGCUGUUCUGCAUUGACAUUAGAGACAAUGCUGAUCUCUAG